CACAAAGAGCAGCAGUAGAGGCCCUUGCUUGCCUUUAAAGGCAGCAGCUUGAAAUUUAAGGUGUCCCAGAGCCAUGUCUAUCCGCAGCCCUCAGCGCUACACUCAAUGGAGAAAUGCUCGUUGCAGUUUUUCACCCUGUAGAUAUCCCUCACUUGUGUUGCUAUUCCCCGUCCUUGGGUUUAUUUUGGGUAGGUACCUGGUCCUGUUCCACAGUAUUUUUUUUUUCUCCACCCCUCAACGUAUGGUUUUGUUUAUGCUUAGGGUGAUACAGUGGCGAGGGUUAAACUUUUAAUAUUUGCGAUUGUUUUAAAGUAACAGCAUCUGGCGUAUGGGGGGAUUUGCUCUAAUAGGGAGGGUUGUUUAUUUUGCAAAUACGUUUAAUGCUAGAAAUGCAUGUUUGUGCAGGGUGCCAAAGUCGCAUGAAAUUGGAUCUUGUAAGGUUGCUUCCAUGACCCUGUAAGAAAUUAUUGCUUGCAGCACCUUCAGAUCUUCAUAAAAAAGCCUUUUAUGUUCCUUUCCCUAUUGAGUUUUUUGUCUAAAUAACUUUGUCUAGCUCAAAAUUUAUUUUUCAGAUGAGAAUAUAUUUAAGUGAGUGUUGUGACUCAGACUAUGCAAAAAGUUCUGCUUGUUGCCUUUGGCCUCUAAAUCCUUUCCUAGAGAAGUGGAUGGGGGGUGCUAAGAGUACACCAGUCUUUGGGUGAGUGAAGGGAAGUGUUGCCCAACUUGGAAAAUGCUACUUUUUACAAUUUUUCUGGAAAUAAGUAGGCUGCACAUAUGUCCUCUGGGGAAAAUAGACCACUGGUGUGAACAGGUGUAUUUCUGUUUACACCAAUGUUGAUCAGCAGAGAAAUCAACAUAUACGUUUGCUCAAGGUGGGGGGGAAGCUAGCAUUCUCUGUGAGAGAACCAUGUCUGUUCGGGAGUCCUUUAACCCAGAAACUUAUGAACUGGACAAGAGCUUCCGUCUGACUCGAUUCACUGAACUUAAAGGCACAGGUUGUAAAGUGCCUCAAGAUGUUUUACAGAAACUGCUUGAGUCCCUACAAGAAAACCAUUUUCAAGAAGAUGAACAGUUUCUCGGAGCAGUUAUGCCUAGGCUGGGAAUUGGGAUGGACACUUGUGUCAUUCCUUUAAGACAUGGUGGUUUGUCUUUGGUCCAGACAACAGAUUACAUUUAUCCCAUUGUGGAUGACCCUUAUAUGAUGGGACGUAUAGCCUGUGCUAAUGUCCUAAGUGACCUUUAUGCUAUGGGGGUCACGGAGUGUGACAACAUGUUGAUGCUCCUUGGGAUCAGUAAUAAAAUGACAGAUAGGGAAAGGGACAAAGUGAUGCCUCUAAUUAUCCAGGGUUUCAAAGAUGCAGCAGAAGAGGCAGGAACAUCUGUGACUGGUGGCCAAACAGUGUUAAAUCCUUGGAUUGUUUUAGGAGGAGUGGCCACUACAGUUUGUCAGCCUAAUGAAUUUAUAAUGCCAGACAAUGCAGUUCCAGGAGAUGUGCUUGUGUUGACUAAACCCUUGGGAACACAAGUGGCUGUAGCUGUCCACCAAUGGCUAGAUAUUCCAGAAAAAUGGAAUAAAAUCAAGCUAGUGGUAACUCAAGAAGAUGUGGAGCUAGCAUACCAAGAGGCAAUGAUGAACAUGGCAAGGCUCAACAGAACAGCUGCUGGACUCAUGCACACUUUCAAUGCACAUGCAGCUACAGAUAUCACAGGAUUUGGAAUCCUGGGGCAUGCACAAAACUUAGCCAAACAACAACGAAAUGAGGUGUCCUUUGUUAUCCAUAAUCUUCCUGUCCUAGCCAAGAUGGCAGCAGUUAGCAAAGCAUGUGGCAACAUGUUUGGCCUCAUGCAUGGGACCUGUCCUGAGACAUCAGGAGGUCUCCUCAUCUGUUUACCACGUGAACAGGCAGCCCGUUUCUGUGCUGAGAUCAAAUCUCCAAAAUAUGGCGAGGGUCACCAAGCAUGGAUUAUUGGGAUUGUAGAGAAAGGCAAUCGUACUGCCAGAAUUAUAGAUAAACCACGAAUCAUUGAAGUUGCACCACAAGUGGCCACUCAAAAUGUGAACCCGACACCUGGUGCCACUUCUUAAUUUAGAUUAAAUAGCGAUUUGUUUUGUUUUUAAAUAGAUCUAUUCCUUUAUCAUCUUACAAUUUAAAGAACUGUUUAAAAAAAAAAAAGAACCUUCGUGUCUGCACAUCUGAUGGCCUUAGGUCAGUUUGAGUGGAUACAAUUAAUAAAAUAUAAAAUCCAUUGCCUUUUUUUCCUGUUACAUUAACUGAAGAUGCACCUAAUCUUGAGGCAGCUUCUGAGUUGAGAAUUAUAUUGUUAUCCAAUACUGUUGAUUCAUUUUGAAUCUUUAGACACUUAUCUCUUGCCGCAUAGGCUCUUUUUAAAGGUGCUUUCACGUAGCACAGACAUUACCAGUAGUAGUGUCAAAUAGCAGUGUGUGUCCUUUCAUUAUAUGUAUAUUUAUCAUUACGUCUAAUUUUGGAUGCCUUGAAUGAUCUUCUGGAAAGGCAGUAAAUUGAUAGGUGACACAGUGGGUAUACUCAAGUAGUAAGAGGGUUGCAUGAUUACAUUCAGUCAUUGGUUUGUAAAGUUUAGUUUUAUCAGAGCGUUACAACCCUGGACAUUGCUUGGUACCACACUCUGUUAAUCAAGCAAGUGCUAACUUUGCAUGGAAGGCACUUCAUAGUUGAAGGAGAAAUUUUAAUUUCAUUAUUUGUAGACCUGACAAUAUUUACUGUAUUAUCAAUAAUUGUUUUCUUUAUUGAUAGUAAGGAAAAAUAAUAAUUGCUCAGUUUUGCAACGUGAUUGGAUGUGCUAUAUUACAACAAAGGAAUUGCAGACCAAAAGGAGUUUUCUGUAUAAUAUUCAUUUACAAUUCACUAUAUAAUUAACUACACAAAUAAUUUUUAAAUAUAAUCACUUCAAAAACAAACCUCUGUUCUGUGGAUGGUAGUGUUUAAUACAUUUUACAUUUUUGUAUAGUGAUUACAAAUCUUUUUUCUUUAAAAUCAGCAGCUAUUUAGUAUAAUUUUAGUAUUUUUGUUCUUUGCUCAAAUACCUUUGUGAACGCUUCUGUGAUCUGUGUUUAAAAUCUACAUUGCCAACUUUGCAGCUUGAACUUAAGCUUGUUAUUCAAAUAAAUAUUUAAUUUUUUUUAUUGCUCUUG